AUGUCUUCUGUAGAAGAAUUGACUACGCUGUUUAGCAAAGUAGGUUUUGAAGAACCAAAGAUCAAAGAGAUUGUUAAAAAUAAGAAAGUGUCUACCUCUUUGGAGACCUUGAUUGCUGAUGCUCCACAAGGUUACGAAUGGAAUAAGUCAACUAGAAACUUACUACACAGUUUGGCCUCUCUGGUUAAAGGUGCAGACAUCACUAACAUCGGUUUAGUUGUCAAAGGUAUUGCAUCUGAAGAUUUAAAGACUGCAUUACAAGUUAAUGCUGCAUUUAAAUAUGUUAAAGAAAAAGGUGCAGAUGCAACUACUGAAUCGCUGAAUGAGAAUUCUGGUGUAGGCAUUGAAGUCACUGAUGUUGAAGUUCGUGCUUCUGUUGUGAAAUAUAUUGAAGAUAAUAAAGAAAGCAUUUUACGUGAUCGUUAUAAAUUGGUUCCUGGUAUUUUUGCUAAUAUUAAGAAUUUACCUGAAUUGAAAUGGGCUGAUCCACGUUCUUUUAAACCAAUUAUUGAUGAAGAAAUCUUAAAAGUUUUAGGUCCAAAGGAUGAAAGAGACUUGGUAAAGAAGAAGACCAAGAAACAAACUGACAAUAAGAAAGGUAAAAACGCCACCGAUUCUGCAGGAGCUGCUGCUGCCUCAAAUGAACCAAAGAGAACUAUGUUUACUGAGGGUUUCUUAGGUGAUUUACAUAAAGUUGGUGAAAACCCACAAGCUUAUCCAGAACUAAUGAUUGAACAUUUAAAGGCUACUGGAGGUAAAGUACAUACUAGAUUUCCACCAGAACCAAAUGGUUACUUACAUAUUGGUCAUUCUAAGGCCAUUAUGGUCAAUUUCGGUUAUGCUAAACACUUCGAUGGUGUCUGCUAUUUAAGAUUCGAUGAUACUAAUCCAGAAGCUGAAGCUCCAGAAUAUUUUGAAUCUAUUAAGAGAAUGGUCUCUUGGUUAGGUUUUGCUCCAUGGAAGAUAACUUACUCUAGUGAUUACUUUGAUCAACUAUAUGAUCUUGCUGAAGUAUUGAUUAAUAACGACAAAGGUUAUGUAUGUCAUUGUACCGCUCAAGAAGUGAAAAAAUGUCGUGGUAUUAAAGAAGAUGGUACUCCAGGUGGUGAAAGAUCUGCUUGUAAGCACCGUAGUAAUACAAUUGAACAAAACUUGGAAGAAUUUAGAAAGAUGAAAGAAGGUCAUUAUCAACCUGGUGAAGCUACUUUAAGAAUGAAGAUGGAUCUAGAGUCUCCAAAUCCACAAAUGUGGGAUUUAGUCGCUUACAGAGUUUUGAAUGCUCCACAUCCAAGAACAGGUACUAAAUGGAAGAUUUAUCCAACUUAUGAUUUCACUCACUGUUUGGUUGAUUCCUUUGAAAAUAUUACCCAUUCCCUAUGUACCACUGAAUUUUAUCUAUCAAGACAAAGUUACGAAUGGUUAUGUGAUCAAGUUCAUGUAUUUAGACCUGCUCAAAGAGAAUACGGUCGUUUGAACAUUACAGGUACAAUCUUAUCUAAGAGAAAGAUUGCUAAGUUGGUCGAUGAAAAAUUCGUUAGAGGUUGGGAUGAUCCAAGAUUGUUUACUUUAGAAGGUAUUCGUAGACGUGGUGUUCCACCGGGAGCUAUUUUGAAUUUCAUUAACACUUUAGGUGUUACCACUAGUACGACAAACAUUCAAGUUGCUAGAUUUGAAAAUGCUGUUAGAAAGUAUCUAGAAGAUACAACUCCAAGAUUAAUGUUUGUCCUGGAUCCAAUUGAAGUUAUUGUUGAAAAUGUUGCUGAUGAUUUUGAAGAAGUUGUCUCUAUUCCAUACAGAGCUGGUACUCCAAAGUUUGGUGAUAGAUCUGUCCCAUUCACCAAGAGAUUUUACAUUGAAAGAUCUGAUUUCUCUGAGGAUGCUUCUGAUGCUGAAUUCUUUAGACUAACUCCAAAACAAGACGUUGGUCUUGUUAGGGUCCCUCACACAGUAUCCUUCAACAGAUUAGAAAAAGAUGAAUCUGGUAAUAUAACAAAGCUUUAUGUUAAUUAUAACAAUGCCCCAUUAAAGGAAGGUGAAAAGGCUAAGAAACCAAAGACUUAUAUCCAAUGGGUUCCAAUCUCAGCAAAAUUCAACUCACCAGUUAGAGUAGAUGAAACCAGAGUUUACAACCAAUUGUUCAAUUCUGAGAACCCAUCUGCACAUGAAGGUGGUUUCUUGAAGGAUAUUAACCCAGAUAGUGAAAUGGUAUACAAACAUGCUGUUAUUGAACAUAACUACCAUGAGGUCAUCAAGUCUGCCCCAUGGGUUGUUGACUCAAUUAAGGAAUCUGAAUUCUACGUUGAAGAAGACAAGACAACCAAAGAAACCUUUAGAUUCCAAGGUAUGAGAGUCGGUUACUUCACGAUGGACAAAGAAAGUAAUGACGAAAAGAUUAUCUUGAACAGAAUUGUUAGUUUAAAGGAUAGCACCUCCAAAUAG